AGACGAGCAGAGAGGCAGCCGGUUUUUACCUGCUUCUGGACCAAUUUGCACAUGUCCUGUCAUUCACCAAAUAAAUGGAGGAUAAAAGAAGGAAAACUGCGUGGUCCUUUGAGUAAAAACCCUGUUUAUAUAAGUCUGCAUGAAUUUGUCCAUCCCUUUUUCAAGUGGGGAAGCUGCACAGAUUAACAAAGAACUUGACAGUAAAAACCGGCAUAAACUGCUGAAGAAAAAAUAAAUAAGCUAAUUAAAGGAUCUUGCUAAAGAGAAGACAGUGCUGACAUCAUUUGUUUCCCUGAUCUGUGAACAACUGAGACUGAUUCAAAAGAUGGCAGAACCAGCUGAUGGAAAGUCUGUUGAAGAACUAAAGAUGGAGAGAACGACAGCAAAGAGGUCGUUGACUCGAUUAAUCAAUAACAUAACUCGGAUGCAUGAAGAUAUGACUGAAGAGGAAUUAAAGGACAGUUUCCACAAGCUCAACAUAGAGGCUGGAAAAGUAAUGGCAGCAAAUGAUGAUCUGGAAGCAAGUCUCAUCGCAGAAGUGGAAUCCAGAUUGGGUGAAGAUGACAAAGCCGCAGUGACUGAACAGCAGAAAUCUGAUCUGGAAAAGACUGCAAAGGAAUGUGAAGCAAAAGUAAGAGAAGUCAAAUGCUUAAUCCAGGAAACCCUGUGGAGAACCUUUGGAAGGACUGAACUGUUAAUUGCACUUCAAGCAGCAGAAUCAGAAUGUGAACAUGCCGCCACCAUCAGACCAGGAGUGGAAAAGGAGGCAUAUGACUUCACUCUCAACCACCUGAAGGAACUCUUAAAGGUUGCAAAAGAAGCUCAUUCUCACUGGAAAAGAUGGAUCCCUCAUGGCAGACGGGAUGAAAUCCAAGAUCGGCUGGGAGGAUUGGAACUCAGGGUCCCCAAGCUGGUUUCCAGGACAGCAGAGUUCAUUCAUGCAAAGCUAAAAGAAGAUGAAGGAAAAGAGGAGCAAAUUGCAAUGUCCCGAAAUUAUUCCUUACCAACCAUCAAGCUAAAACCAACAUCGCUCCCAAAGUUUCUUGGGAACAAACGUGACUUUUACAGAUGGAAAAGGGACUGGGAAGCACUUCAAAAACAAGGAGAACCAACCGGUUCAAAGGAGGUGAAAAAAGCACAGCUAUUGGACAGUCUAGAUGAGAAAAUCACAAGAGACCUCCGCUUAAUCUCCUAUAGCACUCCAGAAGAUAUUUUUCAAAUCCUUGAAAACCGCUAUGGAAAUCAGACAGCUAUUGCAAUUGAAAUUGUGGAAGAGCUACAGAAAAUUCCUGCAGUUAGAGGUCACCAGCCAAGAAGAAUCGUGGAGUUGAUUCAAGCUGUUGAAAAAGCUCUUAAGGAUUUAAGUGACCUUGGAAACACCGGCGCCAUUAAAAACCCUCUGGUGACAAAGUCAAUUGAAAUGAAGCUUCCUGAAGUUUUAAAGAAGGAGUGGCUCGUUUAUGCAGCUGAUAAAAGGAAUGCUGUGGUACCAGAGAAUCGGUUUGAUCACCUCCUUGCAUUUCUGAAAGAUCAAGAAAAUAUUUAUGAGCAACUAGAGCAACUGAGAGAGGAGGAUUCAAGUAGACGAGAGACCCGAAUGGAGCAAAGACAUGCCAGAACCAAUGGGAGGAACGACAAGCAGGAUGAAGUGAAGGUAAAGACCAUGGUUCUACCAAACCAAAUGCAGGAUGAGGACAAUAAAGCACUCGGCCUGGGGUACAUUGUGGAGGAGGACAAACUUCAUGUCAUGGUCCAGGAGGACCAGAAUUUCACACAGUGGCGCUCUAGAAAUAACCUCAUCCUGAACACCAGCUCACCCAAACAGGAAGUGAUGAACUACAGGAGGUCCAAACAGACCGAGUAUGCUCCUAAUGCUGUGGACAGCAUCAGGUUCCUGGGCAUUCACAUGUCCUCGACCUCUUCUUGUCUGUGA